CUAAACUUUCCAUUCUCAUGUAUCUUUCUCCACCCCUUUAAAAGUUUCCCCCCAAAAGCAUGAUUCCAUUUCCAUCAAAUCUUCUUCUCUUUUCCCCAAUUCCAAUCUUUCUCAUAAUCACUUCUACCCAAAAUCCAUCAACAAUGGGAGUCAAAUCAUUCGUCGAAGGUGGAAUAGCAUCAAUAAUCGCCGGAUGUUCCACCCACCCACUUGAUCUCAUCAAAGUCCGGAUGCAGCUCCAAGGAGAAAACCACGCCACCGGCAGAGGCGGAAUCACCCGCCCUCCACGCGUCGGACCCAUUUCCGUCGGAAUGCGGAUCAUUCGACAAGACGGCUUCCGCGCGCUUUACUCCGGCGUCUCCGCCACCAUGCUCCGCCAGACCCUAUAUUCCACCACCCGAAUGGGCCUCUACGACAUGCUGAAAACCAAAUGGACUGAUCCAAACACCGGGAUCAUACCUCUAUGGCAGAAGAUAACCGCCGGACUUAUCGCCGGAGGAAUCGGCGCCGCUGUCGGAAACCCCGCCGACGUUGCAAUGGUACGAAUGCAAGCCGAUGGAAGAGUCCCCCCUGCAGAGCGUCGUAAUUACAAAAGCGUAUUCGACGCGAUAUCACGAAUGGUGAAAAACGAAGGAAUCGGUAGCCUGUGGCGGGGCUCAUCCCUUACGGUGAACCGAGCAAUGCUGGUGACGGCGUCGCAGCUGGCGUCGUACGAUCAGAUGAAGGAGACGAUACUAAACAGGGGUUGGAUGAAGGAUGGGCUUGGAACCCAUGUUACGGCGAGCUUUGGUGCAGGGUUUGUUGCGGCGCUUAUGACGAAUCCGGUGGACGUGAUUAAGACACGAGUGAUGAAUAUGAAGGUGGUGGCCGGAAAAGCUCCGCCGUAUACGGGCGCCGUUGAUUGUGCCCUGAAAACAAUUAAAGCAGAAGGGCCGAUGGCGCUUUACAAUGGUUUCAUUCCGACGAUAUCAAGACAAGGACCAUUUACUAUCGUGCUCUUUGUCACACUGGAACAGGUUUUGAAGAAGAAAGGAAGUAGAUCCAGAAGAAGGGAAGCCAUCCAGGCAUUAUUGUGUUCUUCCAGCAGUUCCUUUGAGCCGGAGGAUUUCCGGAGCAGCAGCAGCAGUAGGCAGUCAGUUCCCGAUCAGAUCAGCAGCUACUUCGAGGUACCUCCUCAGCUAGGGGAAAGGAGCCGGCGCGAUAGCAGCAUGUCACACACACACUCUCCGGUUUCCGCAUUUACGAGCUUCACUGGGAUUUGUACUCUGAUAUUUUGAUUGGGUGUAUGAACUGGUUUUUAGACAUGGUUCACUUUGUGUUAUGGUUUGAUCAAACAAUGUUUUUAGUUAUUAAUAUUUUCUAAAGUAAUGUUUUAAAACAAAAU